AUGGAAAAAAAAAUUGCUAUUAUUGGUGCUGGUGCAAGUGGUUUAACUUCUGCUAGGCAUGCAUUAUUAAAUAAUUAUUGUCCUGUUAUAUUUGAAAGUAGUACUUCAAUUGGUGGUUUAUGGAAAUAUAAACCUGAAAAAUGUGAUGAUGCAUCAGUUAUGAAGACAACUGUCAUAAAUACAUCUAAAGAAAUGACAGCUUUUUCAGAUUUUCCACCAUCAAAAACAUUAGCUAAUUUUAUGCAUAAUACAGAAAUGUAUAAAUAUCUUGAAAAUUAUGCAAAUGAAUAUAAUUUAGUAAAAUAUAUUAAAUUUAAUCAUAAAGUACAAAGUAUAUUUCGUCAUGAAAGCUAUGAUAACACUGGUAAUUGGGUUAUCACUUAUAGCGACAAUAAUAAUAAAAUUAAAAGUGAGGUAUUUAAUGGUGUUUUACUUUGUACAGGACAUCAUAAAAUUCCUAAUUGGCCAGAAAAAUUUCCAGGACAAGAUAAAUUUAAAGGAAAAAUAACACAUGCUCAUAAUUAUAAAGAUCAUCGUGGAUAUGAAGAUAAAAUUGUUGUUGUUGUUGGAGUUGGUAAUUCUGGUGGUGAUAUUGCUGUUGAAUUAAGUAGAAUAUCAAAAAGUGUUAAUCUUGUUACAAGAAGAGGUACAUGGGUUUUUAAUAGAAUUUUUGAUUUUGGUGUACCAUUUGAUAUUGUUUUAAAUAGAAGAUUUUUAUUUUCUUUAAAACGUUUUACUCCAAGUUGGUUGAAUAAUGCAAUUAUUGAAAGUAAAUUAACUAAACGUUUUGAUCAUAAAAUGUAUGGUUUACAACCUAAACAUCGUGUUUUAAGUGCUCAUCCAACAGUUAAUGAUGAAUUACCUAAUCGUCUUGCUUGUGGUACUAUUAAAAUAAGACCAAAUAUAAAAUGUUUUGGUGAAACAUUUAUAACAUUUGAAGAUGGUACUAUACUUCAAAAUGUAGAUGAAGUCAUUUUUUGUACUGGAUAUAAUUUUGACUUUAAAAUUAUUGAAGAUGGAAAUUUAAUACCAGUUAUUGAUAAUAAUUGUAGUCUUUAUAAGUAUAUGUAUCCUCUUGAGACAACAAAUUAUAAUAAUCUUGCAAUAAUUGGUCUUAUUCAACCAUAUGGAUCUAUAAUGCCAAUCUCUGAAAUGCAAGCACGAUUAUUCUUUGAAACAUUAAGUGGAAGAUUAUCAUUACCAUCUAAAAAAGAAAUGUUAAUUGAUAUUAAUAAAAAAAAAGAAGUAAUGAGUCAAAGAUAUUAUAAAUCAAAAAGACAUACAAUUCAAGUUGAUUAUAUGGAUUAUAUGGAUGAAAUUGCUGAAAUGAUAAAAUGUAAACCAAAUCCAAUAGAUUAUAUUUUUAAUGAUUUUAAAUUAUUUUAUGCACUUCUUUUUGGACCAAAUGUUCCUUAUGCUUAUAGAUUAAAAGGCCCACAUCCUUGGAAAGAAGCAAGGAAUGCCCUUUUAUCAUUAAAUGAAAGAACAAUUUAUCCAACUUAUACUGCUCGUAAAAUGGAUAUUGAUGAAUGUUCUAGGAAAUUUGUUCUAUUUCUUUCAAAUACUGAAAAAAUAUCAUUUAUUUUACUUUGUGUCUCUUUUAUCUUAAUUUUUGUAUUAUUUUUAUGUUAA